AGCGUUCAUGUGGGACGUUGAAGGCACGUGAACACAACAACAAGUCAUGUCUACACGCAGUCACUGAAUGGCGUUCGAUGUCUCGGUAAGUUUGGUGUCCAGAUUGAUCAAGUCCGGCUUUUCAUCGCUGCGAUGACCUGCAAAUUAAGUGGCCUGUUCAGCAUCGGGGAGGACUUCGACGAUGAGGACCUGCUCGGGACAGACUGGGCUGCCGGCUCGUCGUCUGGCCCAGCCGUGGUGCCAGCUGCCGUGGCGUCCUGCUCGCUGCGGGCUUCCUCCGUCUCUCUCAGAGGGCCGGAGACAAACUGCCUCCAGCCGGCCGGCGAGCGAUCUGCAGCCCGGUGUCAUGGCGCCGCAUCACAGAGCGAGAGCACGCACACUGCCGCUGGACAAACCGCUCCGGGUCAGGGUUUGAGACGGCCCUCCUCCGCUUCCUCCGCGCAGCCACUUCCUCCCGCACCGGACGCCUCUCGGCCUAAUUUGGCUUUGCAACGGAGUCCCGCCGUGACGGAGGGCCCGCCGGAGCCCGCCGCGGCUCGGGACGAUUUUGACGAUUUUGACGAUUGGGACGUGGACCUCGCGGACCUGGAUGAGUGCGACCGCCAGACGGCGCCGCCUCCUGCUCGAGGCCCACCUGCAUCGUCGUGCAAGACGCUGCGUCCUCCAAACUGUGGGGCGGUUCAGACGCGCCCCGAUCGGCCCCCGAGAGACUUCGGCACCGCGCGCCAGGCUUCUGGCUCAUUUGGUCAUAAGCUGCCCUCUCAGGCCUCCUCCACUCCUCUUUUACGAUCCCCAAAUCCCCGCCCUGCUCACCUGUCGGCCCCGCCACCGAGCCCCGGUGUGUUCCCGGGCCUUACCGCGUCUUCUCCUGGCCCCGGCCCCAUUUCCCGGACAAUAGCCCGGCCCCGGAGGUCGUGGGCCACUCCGGGACCCUCCCCUCGGGGCCGCGCCCUCUUUGAGACCGUCUCCCCGGCGCCCUCUUCCUCCCCGUCUCUGAGCCCUCAUCCCCUCCACACACCGGUCUUCACCAACCGCCUGGUCCAGUUGGUCUCGGCCUCCAAUAAGCUCCCGAGCAAGAGGCCUCGGUCUGAGCCUCAUCAGCCGAGGACCAGGCGCUUCCCCGGCCCCGCUGGAUUCCUGCCUCAGCAGCCACAGGGUCAGAACCUGGACGACAUCGUGGUCUCCGUCCCUCAGACUCCCGCUCACGGCGUUGUGGCCCGGUCGCCCAGCCAGGUCUCCAGCUCACAGACUGACGAAGACGAGUUCUGCGCCGGUGGCUGGGCGGCGAUGAAGGCCGAGAUGGGAUUGGACGAGAGGAACCCCUCAUGCUUCCUGCACUCUUACAGUGUCGUCAUGGUGCUGCGCAAGGCGGCCCUGAAGCAGCUGGCCAAAAACAAAGUGCCCAACAUGGCCGUGCUCCUGAAGAGCAUCAUCCACACGCACGCCGAUGCCAAGGCCGUGUUUAGAGACCCGACGGGGGAGAUUCAGGGCACGGUGCACCGGCGCCUCCUGGAGGACCGAGCGGAGGAGCUGAAGGUCGGCUCGGUGCUGCUGCUCAAACAAGUGGGCGUGUUUUCCCCCUCCCAUCGCAACCAUUACCUGAACGUGACCCCCAACAACCUGCUGAGGAUCUACGCCCCCGACGGAGUGGGUCUGUCCUCCACUCGGCUGCCCCCGCCCCUCCUGGAGCCGAUGUCCCAAGCGGGCUCCCCCCCCGCCGUCCUCCAGGGGACCGUGUCUCGGAUGCAGCUGGUGUUUGACGAGGAGGACGACGAGGGAGGGGAACACCCGAAAGCCCCGAGCGACACUCGGGCCGGCUCCGGCAAAGGCCCCCAAGAGCAUGCUGGGAGCCCAGCGCCACUGGACGCGGGCUGGGAUGCAGACGAUGACCUGGAUGAACUGCUGGGCGAGUUACCCGAGGAAUCCUACAUCCUUUGAAUGUUACAUGUGCAGACCGUCUCCAUGGACCAGGGCGUCGGUCACAGCCGCAGUGAAGACGUUCUCCUCUUUCAUUCCCCUGACCACCGAAGAACCCGUGACGACGUGUCCUCGGCGCUGUUCGACGCCACAGGGAGGCGUCUCCAGUUAAUUUUCCAGUUCUGCGUAUCACGGCUGAUUGAUGCGUCUCCAGAAGCCCACGCGAAGCCAACGCAUGCUCAUCGGUUCAGUACAAAAGCGUUGAAAACCAGCUCUGUUUGAUUCCACCUUCACACAGAAUAUAAUUUGCCUGCGUGUCGAGGAUGCAGCCCUCCGACUUUACUCUCCUUCUUCUCCGUUGGUGCACUUUACUUCGCAUACCCCCUACUUUACAACUAAUCUACCCCGCAUUGAUUUGCUAAUCAUGCAAAAAUAAAUAAAAGCGAUGUGAGGCUUUA